CAAACAUUUCGUUUUAUUUUUUAUUCUUUUCGGCGUUUUUAAUAGUCGUUUGAGUCGUAUUAUUUCAUAGCAACAAGGCAGAAAAUAUGAAUUCGACUUAUUAGAUGGCCACGCAAAGAAUAUUUUGGUCAUGUAGCAAAAAGUAUCGCAUUUGGACGUCCACUCCGAAACGAAAGGAUCGGAAAGGAUGUUUCCGGCUUAUGCCGUGUGGACUGUGGUUUACGUUUAGAUUGACUCGACUCGUCGGUCUCAGUCUUGAAAUAUCAAUAUUGUCAUUUUAUCGUCGCAUUGUUUCAUCUAAUCGUAACAAGCUCCAGCAAGUUGUAUAAAUAAUGCUAGGUAAUUUAACAAAGCUCAUAGGCCAUGCGGCAGGCCAUGGAAAGGGACAGAAAAAUGAAAGUAAAUUGAACCAGACGGUGUUUGAGCUGAAGGCUCCGAAUGGCCCGCCCGGUCCGCAGUUCUGGGCCUGGCAGCCGGCCUCCCAGGGUCAUGCGCUGCUGGCCGUCGGCGGCGCCGACAGUCGCGUCGGCAUCUACAACAACGACGGCACCGUCAACGACACACUAAAACUGAAAGGGCCAUGUGUGGCGCUGGAGUGGAGCAAGGACGGCUCGGCGCUGGCCGCUCUCAACUCGGCCGCCCCCGUGGCCACACUUUUCGAUGGUAUGAAGGGCAAGAAGAAGGAGGUGAUUGCGGCGUUCGCCGACCCGAUGACUUGCAUGGCCUGGUCCAAGACGUCACUCCUUCUGGCCUGCGGCUCCCAGGCAGGCAACGUGCUCAUGUAUAACCACGCCAACGGAAAGUCGGGCUGCAUGGAGGGCAAGCACAAGGCGGCCAUCACGGGCUGCGCUUGGAGCCCGGACGGACAGCUGGCCAUCUGCGCCCAGGACCAAACGCUCAGUCUCAGUCACGAGAACGGACAGACGUUCGCCGAGCUGCGGCUCCGGCUCCAGCCCUCAAACAUAUCGUACGGACGGGCCGAUAACGGCAAGGACUCGCUGCUGACGCUGCUGCUCGAAAACAAGGCGGUGUUUGUGUUGAACGUCAACAGGAAGGACGGACCCGUGGAGCUCACCUUCUCAGAGCGCUACGGCGACAUCGUCGACCAGAAAUGGCUGCCGCGGGGUCUGCUGCUGAUCGGCUUCUCUAAAGGCUACUUCAACAUCGUGUCCACCAACCCGUCCAACAUGGGCACGGAGCUGUUCCAGGUGCGCGACUACCGCUCGUCGGAGCUGACCGGCGUGGCCGUCUGCACCGCCCUGGGCCUCUGCGCCACCAUCAGCGGCGUCAGUAUCCGUAUCCACAACAUUGACGACCCGCGCGAGACGACCGGAAACCUGGAGGUGAAGGGCGAGCCGUCGCCGCUGACAGCCAUCGAGUGGUCCGACGACGGUGACGCGCUCACCGUCUCAUCGGCGCAAGGUAACGUGUACUGCUGGCCGGGCUCCAUCAAGCGCCAGGCUGCCCCCGCUGUGGCCAAGGCAGACGCUGUCGCCAAGAAGACGGUCGCCUCGAAGGACAAGGAAGGAAAGGACGACAAGCAGCGCCAGGCAGCGCGUCUGUACACGCUGCAGAGCCCGCACGGGCCGGGCGGCAUCUUCUUCGCGUGGCAGCGGCGCCACGGCACCUACAUGGCCACCACCGGCUACAACCAGCUGGUCAACAUCUACGACCGCAUGGGCACCAUGGUCGACCAGAUCGCGCUGCCGGGCAACUGCACCGGGUUCGGCUGGGACAUGAACGGUGACAUCCUGGCUGCAAUCAACGAGAAAAACUCUGCCAUCAUCCUGUGGGACGCCAACUACAGCAGCAAGACGCGGGUCCGACAGCUGGACUCUGGCCUGCGCGACCCGCUCAGCUCGCUCAUCUGGUCACGCACCUCCGCCUACCUGGCUGUGGGCACGGCGAAGGGAAACCUGAUGAUCUACAACCACCAGACGUCUCGCCGGAUUCCGAUUCUGGGUAAGCACACGCGCCGGAUCACAUGCGGCGCCUGGAACAAGCAGAACCUGCUGGCGCUGGGCGGCGAGGACAAGACGCUGAGCAUCAGUAACGAGUUCGGCGACACGAUGCGCGUGGCCACGCUGCGCGCUGAGCCCAGUCAGAUCCAGUUCUCCGAGAUGAAGAUGGACGGCGCCUCGGACGGCGAGAACACGGUGAGCUUCAUCGGCGACAAAAAGUCGCUGCUGCUGCUUCACUAUCUGGAGGAGCCCGCCAAAGACCCGAUCGAGCUCGACUUCAAACCGGCUUACGGCAAGCUGGUCGCUCACGAAUGGUUCGGAGACGGGUACAUUCUGCUGGGUUUCUCCAGUGGCUACUUCGUGGCCAUCUCCAGCCACAUGAAGGAGAUCGGCACGGAGCUGUUCCAGAUCAAAAACCACAAGACGGCGCUCACCGACAUAGCCGUCAACCUGGCUCUCAGCAAGGCAGCCUCCUGCGGCGACAAUGUUGUCAAGAUCCACGAGCUGCAGGAGAUGAAGGAGAUCUGGUCGGUGCUCUCGCUGGACGAUGAGAAGUCGGUGGACCAGGUGGAGUGGAGUGACGACGGGCAGCUGCUGGCCGUUGGGUGCAGCUCCGGCAACCUGCACGUCUACCUGAGCUCGCUGCCGAUACUGGGCGGCGCCGCCGGCACCCGCAUAGCCGUGCUGACCAGCCUGCUGGAGGUCACCAUCAUGGACUACCUCAGGAAGGAGGAGUCGAUACCGUUUACUGUGGACGUGGAGCCGAGCUUCCUGGGGAUCGGGCCGUUCCACCUGAUUGUCGGCAUGAACAACCGCGCCUGGAUCUACCUCAUCGGAGAGGGAGCCACCUCGCCGGAGCUGAUCCGGGACCGGGAGUACCUGAGCACGGUGGAGUCUGUGCGUCUGAACGCCGACUACGCGUCCAUCCUCUGUGACGGCGUCAUACAGCUGCACGUGCUGGAGUCAGAGUCUGGCGAGUCUGAGGAGCGUGAAGGCCGUCUGUUCCCCGAUCCGGAGCACAGGGACAUGAAGGUCACCUGCCACUACCUGACGGCCGACUUCCUCAUCUAUGGAACCGAUACGGGCCAGCUGGUGUUCUUCUACCUGGAGGACUGGACUGUGGUGAACGAGUACCGACACACGAUGGGCAUCCGACAGCUCUACCCGGAGGUCAACGGCACGCGGGUGGUGUUUGUCGACGAGCGCAGCGAGGGCCACAUCUUCAACCCGGUGACGGAUCUGCUGGAGCGGAUUGUCAAGUUCCCUCCCCAGGCGCUGGGUGUACUCUGGGAGAACUAUCCGCUGGAUCGGAACGUGUUCAUCGCCUGGGACCGUACCACCAUCUCCACAUUCGUCUACACGCGGGAGAACAUUGACGGCGCCGUAGUGGACAUGGUAGACACCACCCCUCUCCCCGCGGGUCAGUCUCCGCUGCUGCUCUAUAACGGCGAGGUCACACUGCAGACGUGCUCCGGACGGGUCACCCAGCUGGUGCUGGCCAGUCACGAGAUGGAGGCCAACAUGAACCAAUACGAGGAGAAGGAGCUCACCACCGCGCUCAAGAAAAACAUCGCACUGCGCAGGUACAAGGACGCGUGGACGGUGGCGCAGGCGCUGGACAAGCCGGAGGAGUGGCGCCGGCUGGGCGAGGCCUGCCUCAAGGACCUGCAGAUCGAGAUGGCCAUGCGGGUGUACCGCCAGAUGGGCGACGUCGGCAUGCUCUGGUCGCUGGAGACGAUCCGGGACAUUGAGGACAUCAAGCUGCUGGCUGGAUACGUGGCCAUGUUCCUCGGAAACUUCGACCAGGCGCAGACGUUCUUCCUGAUGUCCGGCACUCCGGUGGCGGCGCUGGAGAUGCGCCGUGACCUGCUGCAGUGGGAGAUGGCCCUGCAGCUGGCCAACAAACUGGCCCCAGAACAGAUCCCCGACAUAUCCCGAGAGUAUGCGCACCAGCUCGAGUUCACCGGCGACUACCAGCAGGCGCUACAACACUACGAGCGUGGCCAGUCGCUGGCUGCCGAGGACGCGUCCGAUGAUCACAAGUCCCAGUGCCUGGGAGGCAUCGCCAGAUGUUCUAUUCGUUGUGGCGACAUCCGGAAGGGCGUUCAGCUCGCCGCCAACUCGCCGAGCAAGCUGCUCAAGAAGGAAUGCGCCGAAAUCCUCGAGGGCAUGAAGCAAUACAACGAGGCGGCCGUUCUGUUUGAGAAGGCCGGCCUGUACGACCGCGCCGCCCAGAUGUACAUCAAGCUGAAGAACUGGAACAAGGUGGCCGAACUCCUGCCGCAGGUCCAGAGCCUCAAGAUUCACUCACAGUAUGCCAAGGCUCGCGAGGCGGAGGGCAAGUACAAGGAGGCGCUGGCCGCUUACGAGACGGCCCGCGAGUACGACAGCAUGGUGAGGAUCCUGCUGGACCACCUCAACAACCCCCAGCAGGCGGUCCACAUCGUCCAGGAGAGCAAGAGCGUCGAGGGCGCGCGGCUGGUGGCCAAGUUCUUCAUGAAGAUGGGCGACUUUGCGUCGGCGAUCCAGUUCCUGGUCAUGUCCAAGUGUAUUGAGGAGGCCUUCACGCUGGCUCAGAAGCACGGCAAGAUGGACACAUUCGCCGAUAUUAUCGGAAACGACGGUCGUCCGGAGGACUACCGCAGCAUGGCGCUGCACUACGAGAACUCGAUGAACUACUUCUUGGCCGGCAAGUUCCACCAUCUCUCCGGAGACUCCACCAAGGGCCUGAAGCUGCUGCUGAAGUCGGCCCAGGGCGCCCAGGAGGCCGACGCCAUCAUGCUCGCCAUCGACGUGGUCGGCGAGGCCAACUCGGAGGGUCUGGCCAAGCAGCUCAUCGACUUCCUGCUGGGAGAACAGGAUGGCGUGCCCAAGGACCCCAAGUACCUGUUCCGGCUCUACAUGGCCAGGAAGAUGUACAGGGAGUCGGCCAAGACGGCUGUUAUUAUCGCCAAGGAGGAACAGAAAGUCGGCUCAUACAGGAACGCGCACGAUAUGCUACUGGGCAUGUACCAGGAGUUGCGGAAGCACAAGAUCCGCGUGCCCAGUGAGCUGGCCUCCAACAUGAUGCUGCUGCACUCGUACAUCCUGGCCAGGAUCCACGUGAAGCGCAACGAGCAUCUGAUCGCCGCACGGCUGCUCAUCAGGGUAUCAAACAGCAUCUCAAAGUUUCCCGCCCACACGGUGCCUAUUCUGACGUCGACUGUGAUCGAGUGCCAGCGGUCCGGACUGAAGAAGUCCUCGUUCCAGUUCGCCGCCACCCUCAUGAAGCCAGAGUACAAGGACCAGGUGGACCCCAAGUACAAGAAGAAGAUCGAGGCGGUGGUGCGGAAGCCGGCCAAAGCCGAGGAGGAGGAGUUCCCCUCUCCGUGCCCGUUCUGCGAGAACAUGAUCGCCGAGACGGAGCUCAACUGCGACAAGUGCAAGCGCACGCUGCCCUACUGCAUCGCGUCCGGUCGGCACGUGGUGAAGGGCGACCUCACCGAGUGUCCCUACUGCCACUUCCCGGCCAUACGGUCCGAACUGGCCAAGUUCGUCGAGUCGGACGACCCGUGCCCGAUGUGUAACCGGGGUCCGAUCGGCGCCGGCGAGCUCCGGAUCUUCCCGGACGCAGAGGUGUUCCUCCCGCUCAUGGGAGAGGAGUAACCACCGACUCUCACUCACGAAAGACCAACAGAGAGUUGUGUGAUCGGGGGAGCAGUGAGGAUGACGUCACUGGAUGGCAUGUGACGUCACUGAGCGGGUAGAAUGGAGCAAGGUGAUGACGCUCAUGGACGAAGUGAUCGGAAUUGAUCUCAAUGGAGACAGACCACGUACGGUGUGGCAAAGAGAAAAUAUUCAGUGGUUUGUUGUGUUAUGUUCACGUUAUACUAUACUGUGGCUGCACAAAUAGAAUUGUGUUUCAGUA